GCUUGAAUCCUGUGGAGCGUGGGUCUCCAGCUGGAGUCGUCUCAAUGGGGUGGAGUAGUGUGAUGACGGGAGCAGAAAGCUGCUCUCACAGAGGCUGAGGGUCUCUGAGCUGAAGGAGGGGAGAGUUCAGCUCAGAGAGCCGCCAAAGGUGGAGGACAAAGCGAUGCGAUCAUCUACGGCUCCUCUGAUGGAGACUCACAGGCGCAUGAGCUCACACAGCGCAGCUGCAUACCUGCUGGAUGAUGGUAGGCGGGUGUGGGUGGGUAUGCUUCCUGUGGAGUCAAAGAGCACUCAGAGUUCGGACACACGUCUCCCUAAACCGACUGCUGGUCAGAAUGAAUUGACCAAUUAAGGCUGUGUGGGAGGGGCCGAGAUGAGGCUGUCACAUGAUCAGCCUCAGUCUGACCGCUAAUCACAGUCCAGCGCUUCAGUGUGAGUCUGCAGCAAAAAUCAAACACACACACACAAGCUCGUUACCUCCGUGCGCAGGUGUGCACGUUCACGCGGAUUUGUGGUAAACGUGUCACAGCGUGCAGUCAGCAGGCGGCGCUGCAGCUCCGUGACUGCGGACAGAAGCCGGGUCCAGCCCCGCCCCCGCCUCUCCAGCCUUCAUCCCGGUCGGAGGAGGAUGAGGAGUCCGCCGCGCGCUGCUCUGUGACGAGGCAGCUUCAGUGGAACGAACCGGAGUGGAACCGCCAGAGCCCGGUGAGCCAUGCCGCUGGUGAAGCGAAUCAUCGAGCCUCGGUACCUGUGCCGCGGCUCUCUGCCUGAUGGGGUCGCCAGUGAGCUGGAGUGCGUCACCAACAGCACGCUGGCUGCGGUCAUCAAACAGCUGGGAGGACUCAGUCGCCAUGCGGAGGACAUUUUUGGCGAGCUGUUCAUGGAGGCUAACAGCUUCUACCUGAGAAUGAACAGCCUGCAGGAGAGAGUGGACCUGCUGGCUGUGAAGGUCACUCAGCUGGAUUCCACCGUGGAGGAAGUCUCGCUGCAGGACAUCAAUAUGCGGAAAGCUUUUAGAAGCAGUACCAUUCAGGACCAGCAGGUGGUGUCACGGAGCUCCAUCCCUAAUCCAGCGCUGGAGAUGUACCAACGCUGUGACAAGCCACCACCCCUCAACAUCCUGACAGCCUACAGGGACGACAAGAAGGCUGGUCUGAAGUUCUACACUGACCCAUCGUACUUCUUCAACCUGUGGAAGGAAAAGAUGCUGCAGGCCACCGAGAACAAACGCAAGGAGUCCGGAAAGCACGAAACAGGCGGCAGGAGUGGAACCUGAUGGCUUAUGACAAGGAGCUCCGCCCAGAUGCUCGAGUCACGCCAUCACCUCACCAUACAUCUGACGGCUCAGUGUCACCCGACAGGUCAGGGAUGUCAGAUGACCUCUCCUUCCCGGCCAGUCCUCACCACGAUGGGCAUGAUAGAAAAGAUCAUGCUGACAUGGCGACCAGUGGGUCUGGGCAAACUCAGUCAUUGGACCGUGCCCUCAGACCCACCUCCGCAGUAUCCGCGGCAACCGCUCGCCAGCACUCUCUGGGCCGCAACCAGCCGCAUCAGCAUCACCAUCGCCCACAGCCGCUCACUGGCCCAGCCAAUCAGAACGGAGCACGUUCCAACAUGGCAAAGGAAGCCAAUGAUCAUCAAAUCCCUCCGGCCCCUCCACCGCCUCCACCUCUCAUGCCAUCAGCAGGACAGGUGGUGUUUCCAAACAGCUCCAUCCACAUUGCUGCUAUGGCAACACCAUUGCACCCUGCAGCUGUGCCUGGUAACCAAGGUGGCACUGCUGCCCAGCCCCACCCCUAUAGCCCCUCCCCUCCACCACUACCCCCAGCUAACUACAUCCCCUCCCCCUCCCGUCCUAGCAGCCAAGCUCCCUCCUCUGCUGCUGCGCCCCCGGUGCCCCCGGCGGCGGAUGGCAGGAAGCUAGCCGCUGGACUGAACGUGCCAAUAAAUGACGCCCGCAGUGACCUCCUCGCCGCUAUCCGCAGAGGGAUCCAGCUGAGGAAGGUUCAGGAGCAGCGCGAGCAGGAAGAGGCCAAGAAACGAGAGCCGACAGGAAACGACGUUGCCACCAUCUUGUCACGACGUAUUGCCGUGGAAUACAGCGAAUCAGAAGAGGAGUCUGAGCCUGAGGACCAGGAGUGGUCCGAUUAAGGAGGAGGAAGAGUGCGCCUGACAGGAAGUGACUCAUCAGAGAGCCGAAACUUCUUUCUUGUUUUCCUGUUUGAUGUUAAUGAGUCAGCGUGGCAUCCAAUGGUGUUUUAUGAACCUGCUGAUGGUGACACGCAGAAACUUUAUUGACAGCAGCAGGUUUAACGACGUUACUCAGAAAAUGAACCCUUGGCACAGCGCCCCCCUCAGGACGCCGACCGUCUGUGUUCGUAAUGAAACAAAAGUUGACCUGGAUUUAUGUAUCACUUUGCUGCUUGGACAUCAAAUGUCAUCAUUUUCAAUUUAUCAGAACUUUUAAAAAUACAUUUUCAGUUUUUAAUAUUUUUGUUUUUACAUUUUAUUUUGUUUAUAUUUUAUUCUUCAUAUUCUUCAUAUUUGUUGCUUUAGUUUUUAUAUUUCUUUUAUUUCUUCUGUUAUGAUGCAUCUUGUUCUACAGUGUGAGAUGCAAUGUGAUGACAUCAUAGUAACUACUGACAUCAUGCAUAAUCAUCCCUGCUGCUGUGGAGAGGGGGCGUGUCCUCCCUGUCCUGUACCAUGUGUGAUUGGCUGUUCGUGCCGUGCUGUGUUUCUGUGACCUGCAUGUGGGUGAAAAAAACUGAAAAUAGAACAAAAGUUAUAGAUAAAAUCAAGAGUUGAUUUUUGUGAUUUAUUUCAAUCAUUAAAUAUUUAAAGUCUCUUUUUAAAA